GCCAGCAGCCAUGGGCAGCGCCGGCCGCCGCCCCGCCGCCUCAGUGCUGGCCGAGCUCCGCUGGGACGAUGGCUACGCCGUCCCCGUGGCCAACGCGGAGAACAAGGCGCUGGAGGACGAACUGCAGAAGGUGCAAAAGGAAAAGGCAGACCUGCAAAAUGAGUUGGCUGACUUUGAAGAGCGCACAAAAGCGAUGGCGUCUCAUUCCAAAAACCUAAGACAAGAGUUAAGCUUCACCCAGUCUCUUUACAAAGCUCGAGAGAAUGAAAGUGAAACUGAACAGCACUUUAAAGUCCUUGCCGAGAGACAAUGCGAACGCCUCAAAAGUGAGAUUAAACAACUGGAAGAUGAGAUAGUUUCCUUAAGAGAGAAGAAAAACAGUCAAGAAAAUACUAUAAAUAAAACCACUAAGAAGUUGGAAAAUUUAAAACAACAGAUGAACUGUCAUGAGGAUGUUCUGGACAGUUGGAUAAAGGAAUCAAAUCGUAAAGAUAAUGAUGUUAUCACAAUCCAGAAGUAUGCACAACAAGAUGAAGGGAAACUAGGAGCAUUAACCCUUCAAGUAGAAAAGUUGACCGUGCAAGCAAAUCACAAGCGCAGAGCUCUUGAUAAUGAGCUUACAGAAACCAUGACAGCACAGAUAGAGCUUGACAAGACAGUUGAAGAUUUUCGCAGAGUACAUCAAGAAAGGCAAGAAGUCAUAAGGCAGUGGGAGAAUGCAGUACAACAGAUGCAAAAAAGGGAUCAACAGAUUGAUCAUUGUGCUUUGCUAAUAACAGAGAUAAAACAGGAGAUCAGAAAGAAAGAAAUUGUGCUGAAAGAGAAGAAUUCCUUUUUGGUAAAUGAAACUCUUAACAAUGUGGAAUAUGAGAAGAAAAUUUCUUCUGCUGAACGGGAAGCUAUCAGCCUCCAAAAUGAGUCUCAAACUCAGGAUACUUACAGGGUUCAGCUGCAGGAUCAGCUGGAUGCUUUGAAAUCCACUGUGGACAGAACUGCUUCUGAUCUAGAGUCUUUGAGAACACAAGUAACCAAUCUGAAGAAAGAAAUACAGAAAAAACAAGCCAGGUUAAGCUUUCUUAAUGGAAAAAAUGCAAGUCUUUCCAAUAAGCUGAAGCUUGUGACUGAGGAGACACUCAGUUCAGAAGACAAAGCUUUGAAGAUGGAAGAAAUACUCAAGGAAGAAGAAAAAAUUGUCAAGGAAAAAGAAACAGAAAUGAACCAGUUAAAAGAACUACUUUUCAAGAAGACUCAAGAGUUAAAGGUGCAGAAGGAUAAGGAGAAGUGUGUUCUAGCAGAAAUUGAGGGAAGUCGAACAUCACUUAAAAAUCUUAAAAGUCGGCUGCACAGACUUGAUGCAGAUGGAUUAAAACAACAAGAAUUGAUAUAUAAUCAGGAUUUUCAUAUUCAGCAAGUUCAGAGACGGCUGUCACGGUUAGAAGGGGAGGUUAAUGAAGAUGAAAAACAAGUUUUGGAAGCCAAAGUUGCUGAACUUAAGAAAACCUUAGAAGAAAAGAAAAACAUGUACAAUGUUUUAAAUGCACAGCACAAGAAACUUCAGAGUGAUGUCCAUUUCAUCAAGAGAGCAAUGGAUAAGACAGGAGAAGAAACAAGUGAUGUGAUGAUCAAGAUAAAUGAACUAAAUCUUUUUAAUGAGAGAUCAGAUCAGGAACUAAAAAAAGCUAAAGCCAUUAAGCAGGAGAUGAUGGUUGAAGAUAAUCUCUUAAAACUAGAACUGAACCGUCUUCAAGAUGCUCUGUGUAAUAAAACAGAGAAAGUUUUAACACUGGAAAAACAAAAACUGGAGUUAAAGAAAGCCAUAGCAGAAAGAACUGAGGAAAUUAAGAUUCAUAAGGCAAUGCUGGAUUCCCAGAUAAGACUCGUGGAUCAGGAACGGCAACGUAUACGUGCUGAAUUUCAAGAUCGCCUAAAUAAAAUUGAUAAACUGAGAUGCAGGUAUGAAAUUCUUACUGUUGUCAUGAUGCCACCUGAAGGAGAAGAGGAGAAAACUCAUACCUACUAUGCAAUUAAGGCUGCACAGGAAAAGGAAGCACUACAGCGUGAAGGCGAUGAUUUAAAUGCAAAGAUCUGCAAAGCUGAAAAAGAAAUUGUAGCUCUGGAAAACACUUUGUGUGUACUCAAUAACUGCAACAGCAAUUACCGGAACUCCUUCAGGGAAGUCACUGAGACAAAUGAGGAAUAUGAGGAAAAGUUGAAACUAGAGGAGGAGAAAAAGGCUGCUGAUGAAAAAUACAGAUACAAACGAAGACAGAUCAAGGAACUUCAGGAAAAUCUUGAGAGCAUGGAAAAAGAUUUUGAUGUAUUACUGAAGAAGGGGGCCCUCUUCCAAGAGCAAAAGAAGGAAAAAGCAGCUCUUAUUUUGCAGCUGAACAAAGACACAGAAGAACAAAAGCCAAAACUAGAAAGGGUAAUAAAACAGUGUUCCAGACUAUCCAGAGAAAUUCAGUCUCUGAAGAAAACUAACACAGAAACACAGGAAGGAGACAUUGAUCUUCGUGAAUUGAAAAGCUUCAAUAGAACCAUCGACAAAUUGUUAGCUGAUGUUCUAGAAGCAAAUCCUGAUUUAACUACACCCUUUCAAAUGUACUUUCACCAGUCUAGUUUAGAGCUUCCUACAAUUACUUCUGCUGGUGGUAGUCAAAGCUCUCGAUCACCAUCCACACAAAGCUCACUAGCUUCUACGAGAUCCUCCAGAAGCACAAAUUCAGGGUCCGGUCACAGGCCGUCGCUGACAGUCAUAGAUCUGAGCUUGCCCAUCAACACCGCUGCAGAAGCGGCUGCUGGCGGUUCAGAGCCACCCAGCAGAGCUAGCAGCUCCAGCAUUGUAAACACAAAAAAAAGACUUAAGUAAUUUUUUUGAAGGCCAUAGUAAAGGCUUCACACAAGUUACAGAUUAAUCAAUUAAGAAGCCUUAACUUCUUUAUCAAGGUAUAUUGGCAAUCUUAGCAUUAAUUUCUAUCAGAACUUUAUGUAGGUUUUAACUUUCUUCUACAGUACGCAAUACAUUAUUACAUAAAACAUCUGGUUUAAGUUCUAGAUAAAAUAAAUUAACCUUUACCUUAUUUUCUCAUUUUGCUGUUGGAGAACUAAAGAUCUGCAAAACGCUUCAGAAGCCAUUAAUUCGCUUUUCUUAUAAAGAAAACAAGAGUUGUUAGAGCCAUUAGUUUUCAUAAAUUGGUAUCUUCACUGUCAAAAUAAGUUUUAGAUUACGUUGCAGCAGCCCAGGAAACAAAAACGCAUACUUGAUUUCAAGAUCAACCUCGACUAUUAAUCAAAUAGUCAUCUCAGGUCAUAUAAGAGCAUAUGAUUUAAGUCAGUAAAACAGUGCUUUUUCUAUUCAAAAUUACAGAGCACCUUUUUUUGUACCUGACCUGUACCUACUGAAUUACUUGGAAAUCUUGCAGCUGAAGUACAACUGGUAUUGUGUAGUCUGCCGGCUAUUAGCUCCUUCACAUGUUCUGCCAACAUCUUUGGCAAUCGCAUUGUAAGAAGUGCGUAACUUUUUCCACAGCAACACAACCACUGCCUUAAAGCUACUUGUAAAGCAAACAGAAAACAGCAGGAAAACAGGCCUCCAAAAAGGCCCACACUUGAACUUACCUAGACAAUAAACACUUUUAAAACUCUUCUUCUACUUCA